CUGCCUGACUGAUAAGGUAGAAAGAUAAGUCAUCCGAUAUGCAGUGCAUCCAAGGAAUGACAACAACCCCUCUUUGCUGCUCCCCUCUUCCCCUGACUUCUUAAGCUUUCUCUCGUCCUCUUUCAUCUUCUUCCAUCUUCUUUCUCUUCACCCUCGAGAACUUUCUACCUUCUACUUCUCGUAUCAUCCUCUUACUGUCAAUAUGGGUGACACAGGCACCACCCCAGCAGAAGUACCUGCAGCACAGCUGCCUAACUCGCCCAAACCUGGGUACAGCACACAUAUUGUCUUAACCACCUACCCCGGCCAAAGCGGCAUCGACCCCGUCCCGCUCGAAUGGGGAGCUCCCGACUCCAAGUCCCGCGGACCCGUCGUGGUCUCUCGCAGCGGGCCGUUGCUGAAACGGCGUAAUGCGAUGGGAGCCCACGGCGGCAACUACAGCAUCUACAACGCACUCGCCAUCGCCUCGGGAGACCUCGACCCCAACUUCCGCCCGGAUUUCCGCAACAGUGAGCCGAUCUUCAAGUUCCCGUGGCAGCCGGCUUGGGCGGACAAGGAGAAGAUCGUGUCGAUGGACCCGUAUGGACAUGACAUUGUCAACCAGUUCCGGGAACAGCUGGAUGCGGGGUGGGAUAUUCGGCCUACGAUGGCGAUCACCCGUGCCAACAUGAAGCUGGCGGAGAUUGGAGAGGCGGUGCGGGAUGGGAAGCUGGGUGUAGAUGGGGAUAUUGUGGUGGACUCCACCGGUGAGGUCCGUGUCACCAAGGUGGCGGUUGAGCCUGUGUGGUACUUGCCUGGAGUUGCGGAUAGGUUUGGUGUCGACGAGGGAACACUUCGUCGGACGCUGUUUGAGCACACGGGUGGAAGCUACCCGGAAUUGAUUACUCGACCGGAUCUGAAGAUCUUCCUUCCUCCUAUUGGCGGUCUAACGGUUUAUAUCUUUGGUCCUCCGGAGCGCGUGUCGGAUGAGAAUGUCAAGUUGGCUCUGCGGAUUCACGACGAGUGCAACGGCAGUGAUGUGUUCCAGUCUGAUAUUUGCACUUGCCGACCAUACCUUGCAUUCGGAAUUCAAGAGGCAAUCCGGGAAGCGCAGAAUGGAGGCAGCGGAGUGGUCAUCUACUUCCGAAAGGAGGGACGUGCUUUGGGCGAGGUGACCAAAUACCUGGUGUACAAUGCUCGCAAGCGUGGAGGUGACACUGCCGACAAGUACUUUACUCGGACUGAGAACAUUGCAGGUGUCAGAGAUAUGCGCUUCCAAGCUCUCAUGCCCGACAUCCUGCACUGGCUGGGUAUUAAGAAGAUCGACCGCAUGCUUUCGAUGUCCAACAUGAAGCACGACGCCAUCGUUCAGUCGGGUAUCAAGAUUCACGAGCGUAUCCCCAUUCCCGACGAUAUGAUUCCGAAUGACUCGCGAGUCGAGAUUGACGCCAAGAUCAACGCGGGCUACUUUACAACCGGCAGGCAGUAUACGAUGGAAGAGCUUGCGGCCGUCAAGGGACGAGGCUGGGAGAAGUGGGAGGAUGUUACGCACUAAUCGCCUGCGUCAACCUGAUUGCCGUUAUGAUCUAUGGCUUAAGAAUCUACGUUUACAUGAAUGAGUUGCAUAUGAUCUCUAUGUUGUCAUGCUUUAUAUAUCGAAGAGUGUCGGGUGUUGACAAGGGGAGUUGGGGAUU